GGGGUUAACAGAAAGGUAUUUGCAGGUGUGAGGAAGUAUUGCAAACACUGAAAGAGAUGAGUUGAGUUGAGAGAUGCAAGGCCUUCAGCAACAACACCACCAACUAGCGGCGCUUCUCUCCGCCGCUCUCCCCAAAGACGAUGUUUCCGACGACGACCCUUCGCCUCGCCUCUCCGCCAUCCACUCCCUCCACCGCGCCAUCCUCCACCCUCACAACUCCCUCCUCCUCUCUCACUCCGCCCCUUUCCUCGCUCAAGGCUUCUCCCAACUCCUCUCCGACACAUCGUUCGAGGUUCGUCAAGCGGCGGUUACGGCGCACGCCGCUCUCUGCGCCGUAGUCUGCUCAAACCCCAAUGCCAGACAGGGCCACGUCAUACUCGGCACCUUGGUCGACCGUUUCAUCUCCUGGGCGCUGCCGCUGCUCACAAAUGUCUCCGGCGACGCCGCCUCCGCCAAGGACCUCGCCCUGGAAGGCCUCCGGGAGUUUCUCAACAUCGGCGGCGGCGGAGGAACUGAGAGGUACGCGCUGCCUAUUCUCAAAGCGUGUCAGGCGCUACUCGAGGACGAGAGAACCUCACUCUCCUCGCUGCGGAAGCUUCUGGGUGUCAUGACCUUGAUCUCGUUGAAGUUCCCGAGGUGCUUCCAGCCUCACUUCCCUGACAUCGUUGACCUUCUUCUCGGUUGGGCGUUGGUGCCGGACCUUGCACAACCCGAUAGGCGUGUUAUCAUGGAUAGCUUCUUGCAGUUUCAGAAGUACUGGGUUGGUAGCUUGCAAAUGUCGUUGAGGUUGAUCACCAAGUUCUUAGGGGACAUGGAGGCUUUGCUUCAUGAUGGAACCCCAGGGACUCCACCUCAGUUUCGAAGGCUUCUUGCUUUGCUUUCUUGUUUCUGCACUAUUCUGCAGUCCACUGCUUCUGGGUUGCUGGAGAUGAACUUGCUUGAACAGAUAACUGAACCUCUCGGGGCAUUGCUGCCUCGCUUGCUCAGGUGUUUGUCUGUGUUUGGCCAGAAAUUUGGAUGGUCUGAGUGGAUUGAAGAUUCAUGGAAGUGUUUGACUCUGUUAGCGGAAAUAUUGAGGGAUCAGUUUUCGAGUUAUUAUCCUCUUGCUGUUGAUAUCUUGUUUCAGAGCCUGGAAUUCGGAGCGACCGAUCAUGGGAUGAGUUUGAAGAGGAUUGCAUCUUUUCAAGUUCAUGGGGUGUUGAAAACUAAUCUCCAAUUGUUAUCUUUGCAAAAACUUGGCCUCCAACCAUUGUCUGCGAAGAAGUUAUUGCAGUUCAAGGCACCAGUUUCUCAGCUGCGGUUGCAUCCGAAUCAUUUGGUGACGGGAAGCUCUGCAGCUACUUAUGUUUUCUUGCUUCAGCAUGGGAAUGCCGAAGUUGUCGAUGAAACAGUCUCCUCCUUGACUGAGGAACUGGAGAUGUUGAAGAGUGUGAUUGGAGACAACACUGGUGAUUGGGAUCAGUUCAAUUGUGUUAUAGAUUCUAAAACAUUUUCAGAACUUGAAUUGUUCGCGUUGAUCAAGUUUGAUUUGAAAGUUCUAUUAGCAUGUGUUUCGUUGGGUAGGGAUAACAGUUUGAUUGGCCAAACAGAAAUCACUACAUUGUAUCUUAGGAGGUUGGAGAAGUUGGAGUCCUUUAUCAAGACAAAGAUGAAUCCUUUUGAAUUACCUGUUCAGGCCUUCAUGGAGUUGCAGUUUGCUGUUAUCAAGAUAUUGGAGAGGCUAAAUUCAGUUGAGUUCCUGAUCAAGUGUUCACUGAGAGAACAGAAUUGUGACAAAGCUUCUGUUGAGUUUCCAACUGAAAAGGAGGGUGGCGAUGAUCAACGCAGUCAGGAGCUUUCAGCUGUGAUUACUGAGCAAUUAGAAAAAUAUAGCAAGCUCCUUAUAAAAGCCCUCCAUACUUCUUCUCCUCUGGCAAUUAAAUUAGCUGCUCUAGAUUGGGGACAAAAGUUAUGUGAGAAUGUUAUGGCUCUUAAUAGGAUCUCAAGCAUGGAAUUUUUCUCCUAUGAAGCAUGUGGGCAUACUGGUAUAAUCAUGAACUUAGUUUUCUCACUCUUAGCUAGUACAUUUGAGAGGGAACCAGAAGUAAGAUCACAUGUUGCUAAAAUAUUGGAGUUGUUUAUGCAAGCAAAGCUUUUGAGUCCUGCAUGUUUUUAUCCCUUAGCUGAAGUGAUCCUGGAGAAAAUUGGGGAUCCAGCUAUAGAGAUACGGGAUUCAUAUGUGAGGCUACUUGCCCAUAUUUUACCAACUACUGUAUAUACAUUUGGUCUCUAUGAUUAUGGGAGAUUUAGCCCUGUUGACCUUGGGAUAGGCAACAGUUCCAAGAUGCACUGGAAACAAAUAUUUUCUAUGAAGCAGCUGCCACUGCAGCUGCACUCGCAACAUCUUGUGUCAAUCUUAAGUUUCAUUUCACAAAGAUGGAAGGUACCUCUUUCUUCUUGGAUCCAGCGGCUCAUUCAUAGUUGCCGGAGUUCAAAGGAUACUAUUUCAAGUCAGCCUGAAGAAACAGGAAAUUUUGGCGAUUCUCAGUGGUUGGAUAUACAAGUGGAUGAAGGCAUACUUGAACGAAUCUGUUCUGUCAAUAAUUUAGCUGGUGCCUGGUGGGCUAUACAUGAGGCAGCUCGGUACUGUAUUGCUACACGCCUGCGGACUAACCUUGGGGGGCCUACCCAAACAUUUGCAGCUGUAGAGCGCAUGCUUUUGGACAUUGCACACCUUUUGCAGCUUGAUAAUGAGCAAAUUGAUGGGAACUUAAGUAUGAUAGGGUCUUCUGGUGCUCACUUGCUACCAAUGAGAUUACUGUUGGAUUUUGUUGAGGUUCUAAAGAAAAAUGUAUAUAAUGCAUAUGAGGGCUCUGUCAUUUUACCACCUGCUACCCGUCAGAGUUCUGUAUUCUUUAGGGCAAACAAGAAAGUAUGUGAGGAUUGGUUUUCUCGUAUAUGUGAACCAAUGAUGAAUGCUGGGUUGGCUCUACAUUGCAAAGAUGCUGUUAUUCAAUACAGUACACUGCGUUUACAGGACCUCAAGAAUCUUUCUGUGUCAGCUUCGAAGGAAAAAUCAAGGGCUCAGGUAAAUGAUAACCUCCACAAUAUCAGAGGAAGGUAUAGAGGAUAUGUCUUAAAAGUUCUAAGAUAUAUUUCACUAGCUCUUUGUAAGAGUCAUGAACCAGAUUCUUUGCUUGGUCUACAAAAAUGGGUUUCAAUUACAUUCUCCUCCUUACUCGGGGAGGAAAACCAGUCCUUCAAUGAGUGUGGACCUGUUGGACCCCUUUCAUGGAUAAGUGGGCUUGUAUAUCAGGCAAGAGGCGAGUAUGAAAAUGCUGCCACUCACUUUACUCACUUACUACAAGCUGAAGAGUCACUCAGUUCCCUGGGUUCUGAUGGUAUACAGUUUAUCAUAGCACGUGUUAUUGAGAGUUAUGCAGCUGUAUCUGAUUGGAAAUCUCUUGAAACCUGGCUAUUAGAACUGCAAUUGCUUCGUGCGAAGCAUGCUGGUAGAAGUUAUUCUGGUGCUUUGACUAUGGCAGGCAAUGAAAUUAAUGCAAUCCAUGCAUUAGCACGUUUUGAUGAGGGUGAUUAUCAGGCUGCAUGGUCAUACCUUGAUUUGACGCCUAAAACUAAUAGUGACCUUACCCUUGAUCCAAAAAUAGCUUUGCAACGGAGUGAGCAGAUGCUUCUGCAAUCAUUGCUCUUCCAGAAAGAGGGAAAGAGUGAUAAGGUGCUGCAUGAUUUGCAGAAAGCAAGGUCAAUGUUGGAGGAACCACUUUCUGUUCUGCCACUUGACGGUUUAGCUGAAGCAACACCUCUCGCUAUUCAGUUGCACUGUAUUUUCCUUGUAGAAGACGACUACAAGCUUAAAUCAACCGAUGAGAAGCCUAAACAACUGCAGUCAGUAUUGAAUUCUCUUCAGCCAGUGCCAUCUUCUAUUAGUAAAAUCCGUCAAGAUUGUAAUCCAUGGCUAAAAGUUCUUCGGGUUUAUCAAACCAUUUCCCCAACUUCUCCAGUCACUCUAGAAUUCUGCAUGAAUUUGCAUAAUUUGGCCCGUAAACAAAGAAAUCUGAUGUUGGCAAAUCGUCUGAACAACUAUCUCAAAGAUCACGUGUCUGCUUGCCCCGAGGGGAGGCAUCGCAAUCUGUUUGUCUUAAAUUUGCAGUAUGAGAGCAUUUUACUACAGUAUGCAGAAAACAAGUUUGAAGAUGCUUUCACAAACCUUUGGUCAUUUUUGCGUCCUUUAAUGGUUUCUUCAACAUCUGGAAUAUCUAAUGCUGACGAGAGAUUUCUGAAGGCCAAAGCAUGUUUGAAACUCGCAGAUUGGCUAAGGCGGGAUUAUUCAGAUUGGAGUCCAAAGAGUAUCGUUCUUAAGAUGCCAGCAGAUUUUGAUAUGGCUGAAACAGCUUCACUUGGCCAAGACAGCAAUAUAGAUUGUAAACAGAAUUUGAAUUCUAUUACUGAGGAAAUUGUUGGUUCAGCAACUAAAUUGUCUACUCAUAUUUGCUCCACCAUGGGCAAGUCAUGGAUUUCUUAUGCUUCUUGGUGCUUUAGGCAAGCCAGGGACUCUCUCCCUGCUCCAAGUGAAACUACUCUUCAUUCGUGCUUAUUUUCUCCCAUACUUGGUUCGGAAAUUUUACCAGAGAGAUUCAAGUUGACCAAGGAUGAGGUGCAACGAAUCAAGUUGCUGGUUUUGCGUCUUUUUCAGGACAAUAUUGAUAUGAAAGAUUUCAUAUAUGAACAGGAAGAGGGAAGCUCUUGGCUUGAUUCUUCAGAGCACUCAAGUGAUGACAAUCCUCUGCAGACAUUGGUUUGGCAUCUGGUAAAUAUUAUUGAAACUGCUGCAGGAGCACCAGGUGCAGAAAACUCUGGUGGAGAACGUCUUUCAUCCAUGGUAGCUUCUCAAUUGAGGAUUUGUUUAUUAAAUGCAAAUUUUGGGCUGGGAGAAUCUGACAUAGUAUCCGUAUUGGAUGAUUUUGUUGAUAUUUGGUGGUCUUUGAGACGGAGAAGAGUGUCCCUGUUUGGCCAAGCUGCUAAUGGUUACAUACAAUAUCUUUCUUAUUCUUCUUCCCAUCUUUGCCAUAGUCAGAUGCCUCAUUUUGAAAAUGAGGCUUUCAAGCAAAAAACUGACAGCUACACCCUGAGAGCUACAUUGUAUAUAUUGCACAUACUUCUCAAUUAUGGUGUGGAAUUGAAAGAUACUCUUGAAUCUUCUCUUUUACUUGUUCCUUUGUUGCCAUGGCAGGAAGUUACGCCUCAACUAUUUGCACGUAUAAGUUCUCAUCCUGAACAAGUAAUUCGGAAGCAGUUGGAAGGCUUACUGAUCAUGCUGGCCAAGCAGUCUCCCUAUUCUAUAGUGUACCCAACACUAGUUGAUGUCAAUUCUUAUGAAGAGAAGCCUUCAGAGGAGCUUCAUCAUGUGCUGGGUUGUCUGAGGGAACGUUACCCGCGGUUGGUUCAGGAUGUUCAGCUUAUGAUAAAUGAACUUGGAAAUGUUACUGUUCUUUGGGAAGAAUUAUGGCUCAGUACUCUUCAGGAUCUCCAUACAGAUGUGAUGAGGCGAAUAAAUGUGCUGAAAGAGGAGGCUGCAAGAAUUGCAGAAAAUGUCACACUUAGUCAGAAUGAAAAAAACAAGAUAAACUCUGCUCGUUAUUCUGCAAUGAUGGCUCCAAUAGUUGUGGCUUUGGAACGCCGUUUAGCUUCAACUUCUCGGAAACCUGAGACACCUCAUGAAGUGUGGUUCCAAGAAGAGUAUAAAGACCAACUUAAAUCAGCUAUUGUGUCCUUCAAGACUCCUCCAGCAUCUUCUGCAGCUCUAGGAGAUGUUUGGCGACCUUUUGAUAGUAUUGCUGCAUCCUUGGCUUCUUACCAGAGGAAAUCCUCAAUUUCCUUACAAGAAGUUGCACCACAUUUGGCUCUUUUAUCAUCUUCAGAUGUUCCGAUGCCAGGUCUUGAGAAACAAAUGAAAGUACCAAACUCUGACAAAGCUAUUGAUCUCCAAGGAGUUGUCACCAUUGCUUCCUUCAACGAGCAAGUCACUAUUUUAUCAACAAAGACUAAGCCUAAGAAACUUGGUAUACUUGGUUCGGAUGGUCUGAAGUACACAUAUCUCCUCAAAGGACGGGAAGAUUUACGACUUGAUGCUAGAAUCAUGCAAUUGCUGCAGGCUAUAAAUGGUUUUUUGCGUUCUUCUUCUUCUACAUGUAGCAACUCUCUUGGCAUUCGCUAUUAUUCUGUGACUCCAAUCAGUGGUCGAGCCGGCCUAAUCCAGUGGGUGGACAAUGUAGUAAGUGUUUACAGUGUAUUUAAAUCUUGGCAAACCCGAGUCCAGCUAGCACAGUUUUUGGCUUUGGGCACUGCAAAUACAAAGUCCUCAGCUCCUCCGCCUGUUCCCCGUCCCAGUGAUAUGUUUUAUGGGAAGAUCAUACCUGCACUCAAAGAGAAGGGCAUUAAAAGAGUGAUUUCUCGAAGGGAUUGGCCUCAUGAAGUCAAAUGUAAAGUUCUUCUUGAUCUCAUGAAGGAGGUGCCCAGAAAUCUUCUUUACCAAGAGCUAUGGUGUGCUAGUGAAGGAUAUAAAGCCUUCAGCUCAAAAAUGAAGAGGUAUUCUGGAAGUGUUGCUGCAAUGAGUAUGGUUGGUCAUGUUCUGGGACUGGGUGACAGACAUUUAGACAACAUUCUGAUAGAUUUUUGUGGUGGGGAUAUUGUACAUAUUGAUUACAAUGUGUGUUUUGAUAAGGGACAAAGGCUAAAAAUUCCAGAGAUUGUUCCUUUCCGUCUUACGCAAAUGAUUGAAGCAGCUUUAGGGCUAACAGGAAUAGAGGGUAGCUUCAGAGCAAACUGUGAUCUAGUUAUUGACGUUCUGAGGAAGAACAAAGACAUACUUUUGAUGUUAAUGGAAGUGUUUGUUUGGGAUCCGCUUGUGGAGUGGACACGGGGUGAUUUUCAUGAUGAAGCUGCUAUUGGUGGUGAAGAAAGAAAAGGCAUGGAGUUGGCUGUUAGCUUGAGUCUAUUUGCAUCUAGAGUGCAGGAAAUUCGUGUUCCCUUACAGGAACACCAUGAUCAAUUAUUGACUAGCCUGCCAGCUGUUGAAUCUGCACUUGAGAGGUUUGCUGAUGUUCUAAACCAAUACGAGCUCGUCUCUACUCUGUAUUUUCAAGCUGACCAAGAGAGGUCGGGCCUUAUAUUGCGUGAGACAUCUGCAAAAUCAAUUGUUGCUGAAACAACCUGUAAUUCAGAGAAAAUUCGAGCUUUGUUUGACAUUCAAGCUCGGGAAUUUGCCCAAGCAAAGGCUAUGGUUGCUGAUAAAGCUCAGGAGACGAUUACUUGGGCUGAACAACAUGGGAGGAUUCUUGAUGCUUUACGAUGCAACUUAAUCCCAGAAAUUAAUGCUUGUUAUAAGCUGAAUAACAUGGAAGUAGCCCUAUCUCUUACAUCUGCUGUUACUGUAGCAGGCGUUCCACUAACUGUUGUUCCUGAGCCAACACAAGCACAAUGCCGUGAUAUAGAUAGGGAAGUUUCUCAAUUCAUAGCUGAGUUGGAUGAUGGACUAACUUCAGCUACAACUUCUCUGCAAGCAUACUCCUUGGCUUUGCAAAGAAUCCUACCGUUAAACUACCUUUCAACCAGUGCAGUCCAUGGCUGGGCGCAAGUUCUACAAUUAUCUAUCAAUUCUCUGUCAUCUGAUAUUCUCUCUCUUGCCAGAAGGCAAGCUUCUGAACUUUAUACAAAAUUUCAUGUAGAUAGCCUUGACUCUAUCAAAAGCAGUCAUGAUGAUCUUUGUUUUAGAGUGGAGAAGUACGCAUUAGAAAUAGAAAAGUUAGAAAAAGAGUGUGCUGGAAUAGAGAGUUCUAUUGGUUUGGAUUCAGAAUCGAUUACUAAGGACCACCUUCUGUUAGCUUUCAUGAAAUUCAUGCAGUCCACUGAUCAUUUGAGAAAGGAAGACAGAAUGUCUUCUGUUCAAUCUAUACAUGAUGGGACAAACAAUGCUAGACAUUUAGGUGAGCUAGAAGAAGAGAGGGAUAAGACACUAUCAAUUCUAAAUAUUGCUGUUGGUUCAUUUUAUAAUGAGGUUAAGCGGAGCAUACUUAAUAUAUACAGUGAUUUGUCUAGAGGAAGAAAUGAAUACAAUAUGUUGCAGAAUGAUUCUGGAGCCAUUUUUGUUGCGUUUGAAGAACAAGUGGAAAAAUGUUACCUUGUGACUGAAUUUGUUAAUGAUCUGCAGAAAUUUAUUGGAAAGGACACCCCUUCUGUUGAUAUUAAUGAAGUUGAUUCAAAAUUUUCUUCUGAAAGUAAUUGGGUUUCCGUUUUCAAAACCAUUUUGAUUUCCUGCAAGGGACUGGUUAGUCAAAUGACUGAAGUUGUUCUACCAGAUGUAAUACGAUCUGCUGUUUCAUUGAAAUCGGAAGUUAUGGAUGCAUUUGGGUUGAUCUCACAAGUCCGGGGGUCUAUAGAAACUGCACUGGAACAGCUUGUGGAGGUUGAAAUAGAAAGGGCAUCACUGACUGAACUUGAGAAGAAUUAUUUUGUUAAAGUUGGUCUUAUUACUGAGCAGCAGCUGGCUCUUGAAGAAGCUGCAGCUAAGGGAAGAGAUCAUCUUUCUUGGGAAGAGGCAGAGGAACUUGCUUCCCAAGAGGAAGCUUGUAAAGCCCAACUGGUCCAACUUCAUCAAACUUGGAUUCACAGGGAUGUAAGGGCUUCUUCUCUUAUCAAGAGAGAAACUGAUAUUAAAAAUUCUCUGGUUUCUGUGAAUUGUCAAUUUCAAUCUGUAGUUGAUGUGAAAGAAGAAAGUGAGCUACAUAUUUUAAGAAGCAAAGCACUAUUGGCUGCACUUGCUAAGCCUUUCUUGGAAUUAGAAUCCAGUGAUAUUUUGCUGUCUUCUGCUGAUGGUUCUGUGGCAAUGCCCUCAAGUAAAUUUCAUAAUCUGGCAGAUUUGAUAAAUUCUGGGAAUUCUAUAUCUGAGUAUGUGUGGAAAGUUGGAAGUUUAUUGGAUGAUCAUUCAUUCUUUAUUUGGAAAAUAGGUGUUAUAGAUUCUUUCAUUGAUGCAUGCAUACAUGAUGUAGCAUCAUCAGUUGAGCAAAAUCUAGGCUUUGACCAGUCACUCAAUUUUAUGAAAACAAAGCUUGAAAUCCAACUACAGAAACACAUUAGUCACUAUUUGAAAGAAAGAGUUGCUCCUAGUUUAUUGGCUUGUUUAGACAAAGAAAAUGAGCACGUGGAGCAAUUAACAGAGUCAUCAAAGGAAGUUGCUUUAGAUCAGGUGAAAAAAGAUGCAGCUGUGAGAAAGGUUUUACUAAUGCUGGAAGAAUAUUGUAAUGCACAUGAAACGGCUAGAGCAGCAAAAUCAGCAGCUUCGCUCAUGAAAAGACGAGUUAGUGAGUUGAAAGAAGCUCUUCGGAAAACUACCCUGGAGGUAGUUCAGAUGGAAUGGAUGCAUGAUUUUAGUUUGAACCCAUCAUAUAACAGAAGAAACAAUUUUGAGAAGUAUCUUGAUACUGAUGACAGUUUGUAUUCCAUCAUUUUAAACCUUGGCAGAUCUAAGUUAUUGGAAAAUAUACAAUCUGCUGUGUCAAAAAUCAGAACAUCAAUGGAUUGCCUUCAGUCUUGUGAGCGAACUUCUCUUAUAGCUGAAGGACAGCUUGAGAGAGCAAUGGGUUGGGCUUGCGGCGGUCCAAAUUCCAGUAGUUCUGGAAAUGCUUCAACUAAAAAUUCAGGAAUUCCUCCUGAAUUCCAUGAACAUAUUAAGACUCGGAGGCAGAUUUUAUGGGAGUCUAGCGAGAAGGCAUCUGAUAUUGUGAAGUUAUGCAUGUCAGUAUUAGAGUUUGAAGCAUCAAGAGAUGGGUAUUUGCUUAUACCAGGCCAACCUUAUCCCUUCAAGAGUAGUGUUGAUGGCAAGACCUGGCAGCAAGUUUACUUGAAUGUACUAACUAGAUUGGAUGUUACUUUCCAUUCUUAUAGCCGUACUGAACAAGAGUGGAAGCUUGCACAAUGCACUGUUGAAGCUGCUUCCAAUGGAUUAUAUACUGCAUCGAAUGAACUCUGCAUUGCCUCUCAGAAGGCGAAGUCAGCUUCAGGUGAUUUACAAAGCACAGUUCUUUCAAUGAAGGACUGUGCAUAUGAGUCUAGUGUCGCACUGUCUGCUUUUUCUCAGGUUUCAAGGACUCAUACUGCUUUAACUUCUGAAUGUGGUUCUAUGCUUGAAGAGGUCCUAGCAAUAACUGAAGACAUACACGAUGUUUACAAUCUGGGAAAAGAGGCAUCUGCCAUCCAUCUUUCUCUCAUGGAAGAUCUUUCAAAGGCGAAUGGCAUCCUUAUUCCACUCGAGUCAGUGUUGUCCAAGGAUGUAGCUGCUAUGGCUGAUGCUAUAGCUAGGGAAAGCGAGACCAAGAAGGAAAUAUCACACAUCCAUGGACAAGCUAUAUACCAGUCAUAUUGUUUAAGAAUCAGGGAGGCUUGUCAGACCUUUAAGCCCAUAGUACCAUCUCUGACAUCAACUGUGAAGGGACUCUAUUCAUUGUUGACUCGGCUAGCAAGAAUUGCUAAUCUCCAUGCUGGGAAUUUGCACAAAGCUCUUGAAGGAAUUGGAGAAAGCCAGGAAGUAAAGUCACAAGAUAUUGCUUUGUCAGGAUCAGAUGCUAGUGGCGGUGAUGCUGUUGAAAUUGAUGGUAAAGAAGGGGAAACUCUCUCUAGCCCUGAUGAUGAUAGGACUGCAGAUUUGAUUGGCUUGUCUCAACUUUCUUUGGAAGAAAAGGGAUGGAUAUCACCACCUGAUAGCAUCUUCUUUAGCAGCUCAGGAUCUGACAUCACAUCUCCUGAUGUUACUCUUCCUGAUAGCGUACAUGAUUCAGCAGAAAGUAAAGACAUGCUUUCACAGGUGUCUAAUAGCAGAAAUCCCACUGGUCAUGUGCACACCACGACAUUGUCUUCAACUGAUGAUGACGAAAUCUCACCUUUUGAGGUGUCGGAAUCUUUUCCUAGGGAAGCUGAUCUCAGCUGUGCGGGUUCUGUUAAGUUACCUAAUGAGGCCGCUGAUCAUCCCGAGGCAAUGGCUUUCCCAGGUGACAAGUCUGUUGCUGUCCCUGCUGACUCUCAGAAUUUAUCGAAUGAGAACUUUCACAAAUUUGAGGGUGAAGAUGAUCUACUUUCUGUAAAUAAAGUUAAGAAUGGCACCGAACACCGUGAAGCUCCGGAUCCUAACAUAAAUGCUAGUACUCGAGUAGGAAAGGGUAAAAAUGCAUAUGCCUUGUCACUAUUGAGGCGGGUUGAGAUGAAAAUUGAUGGUCGAGAUAUUUCUGAAAGCAGAGCAAUCAGUAUUGCAGAGCAAGUAGAUUAUCUACUAAAGCAAGCUACUAGUGUAGAUAAUCUUUGCAACAUGUACGAAGGUUGGACACCAUGGAUUUGAGGUUUAAAGAGGUUUCUCAGUCUCCAACAUCUUAAAUUAUAGUCCCACUGCCAAUACUAUGCAAGAACUGGUCCUCAGGCAUUGCUGGGUUGACCAUGGUGAAAACUGGUCCUUUGGUCUAUAUCUUGCGAUAAGUAAGCCACAACACCAAUGCUUUUGCAGGUCCUGCAUUUGUCCAGGCAGAGUUAUUAUUUCCACCUUCCAUGUCAGGCUUGCACCUGCCAUCGGAUGACAUGCUGCUGCGGAGGAGUCAAGGCUCACAGGUGGUCUCAUGGGAGGUGUUAAAGGAUAUUACUGGGCCUUCUGGUUUAAACAAUGUGCUGCUUCUUUGAACACCUGCUACUUGCAUUGCUUGAUUGAGGAGUAUGUUGAUUCUCAGCACUUGAAGGUUGAACGAAAGAAUGUGGUGUACUCAUAAUCGGGCAUUGGAUUAUCCAAUGCACUGUUUCUUGCUGGGGCAUUAUAUGUUUAACAAAACUUAAGUUCAGCAUUAGUUGCACAUAUGUAUCAUUUAUCUGUAGAUAGGUCAAAGAGCUGUGCAUUGCUGGAUAUUCAUAGAAUAAUUGGAUGUAUUCAAUCCUUCCCAAGUUUGGGUUAGUGAUUGCUAUUUGAUCAUUUUGACAUUAUUGCAACUUUUAAAGCCAUUUGCUGUUUUACUGCCUUUAAUUCUU